CAUAAUUGUUAGUAUUAACUCAAGGGAAUUAAAGCGAGCAUGGCGGCGGACGUUGGUGACCAGGAGGCGCCGUUAGUUAACGACGGCGUCAGCAGCAGCGACGAGCACGAGCACUAUAUCCAUAGAGCUCCAUGGCUGAGGGCGUUUAUUUUGGGAGCGAACGACGGCCUGGUCUCCGUGGCCGCCCUCAUGCUGGGGGUGGGGAGCGGCAACGUGUCCCUCAACACCAUGAGGCUGGCAGGUGUGGCGUCAUGGAUCGCGGGCGCGCUCAGCAUGGCGGUGGGCGAGUACAUUUCCGUCUCGUCCCAGCGGGAUACGGAGGAGGCGGACAUUGAGAAGGAGCGGCAGCAGCAACGCAAGGGACCCGCGGCGCGAGCUAGGGAGCUCCAGGAGCUGACGGAUAUUUAUAUCAAACGGGGUUUGGAUCCGGAUCUCGCUCGGAAGGUGGCCGAGCAGCUCACGGAGAAGGACGUGAUUCGUGCCCACGCGCGGGACGAGCUGGGUAUUGACAUGGACGAGCUAGCCAACCCGCUCCAAGCCGCCGUGGUUUCGGCGCUGGCCUUCACCGCGGGCGCCCUGAUCCCCCUGCUCGCCGGCGCCUUCCUGCCCGAGCCCCAGAUGCGGCUGGUGGCGGUGGCGGUCGCCUCCCUGGUCGGCUUGGCGCUGUUCGGGCUGGUGGGGGCGUUACUGGGGGGCGCCAAACCCAUUGUCGGAGCGCUGAGGGUGGUGUUGGGCGGCUGCCUGGCGAUGGCGAUUACCUUCGGAGUGGGGCACGUGCUGGGCGCUAACCCAGACGCGCUGUGAGGCAGCAGCUGUGUAUGUAUGUGUGUUUGUGGCGGGGGUCGACACCGCAGCCACCCGAGGACCCCCUCCCCCCUUCCGGCCGGUCAUGUACGACCAACAGCACUUAGCGCUGUCUCCAUGUCUACACACCUUCUGUGUGUGUGUCU